CCCACAUCUAGCUCAAACACGCCUUUCUUAGGCCGUUAGGGCUAACCCGACACCCGGGCUGUGACUGGUGACAGCCCAUUUGCUCCGCUGUGAAGCCUGAAAUGGCAUCGCUACGGUCAGUAACGUUAUCAUGCUCUAGUUCCGCGCGUCCGGCGACGGCGACUCCGAUCGCUUGCAGCGCGAGCACCAGCGGACGUGCAGCAACCUGGCCGGCACGCCAGUGUGCUCGGCGCGGAAGAUGCAGCAUAAUAGCAGCAGCAUCGGGCGACAAGCACUCGGUCGCGGCGUCGCUCGUCGCGGUACUGAAAGACGAAAUCAAGUAUGAGCGCGAAAGCUACCGCAAGGAGGAGCUAAUUCUCAGUGGACCGCCUGGAGAGUUCGAGCUGUCGGACGAGCCGGGCACGAGCGCGUUCUUGCUUGCGAAGAAGUUCGGCAAGGAGGAGAUUAUCGUCCGCGUGAACAUCGACGCACAGCCGGACUACGAUGAGGACGAGGACGAAAUGGACGAGUAUGAGGACGAGGAGGCGCAGAGCCGACCCGUCGAUUUUGUCGUGAACAUCGCCAAACCCAGCUGGGGCGACGACCAGGUGGUCGUGUUCGAGUGCGAGAGCGACGGCGAGUACCUUACCAUCCACAGCGUAUCAAUUGAGAGCAUGGACGGUGAUGAGGAGUUCAGCGCGCCGGCUUACAAGGGGCCAGCCUUCCAGGACCUGGAUGACACGCUGCAGCAGGCUUUCGUUGACUACCUUGAAGAGCGCGGGGUCAACGCGUACCUCGGGGAGUACAUCCGGGUGUACCUAGAGGACAAGGCGCGGCUAGAGUACCAGGCAUGGCUGGGACGGAUGCGGGACUUCAUCGGGAAGUAGAGAGGUAAAGGCUGGAAGGGGCUGUGUGCGGGGUUUUGUGGCACGACACGCGUGCCAGGCGCGGCAGGCAGCGCCGGGCUGGAUCCGCGCGGAAGGGGCAGGUGCGCAUUGGGACCCAACAAUGAACUGGAUGGGUUGAUUUUGAGGCUGCAAGCUGUUUACUGGGUGAGCGCUGCAGGCUGUUCUCUCCUGAGUCGCGCAUGUGGAGGAAGGCUGCGGGAGGCUUUCCCGUUGCGCACGCACACACAAUGCUGGCAUGCUGUACGAAUGCACGCACCGCCUCGCAUGCGUAUGCAGUGCAAGUAUGUAUGAGUUGAACGGUUUUGGGCCAGGACGCAAGGUAUGGGGCCGCAGGUGUGGGAGGGGCAUGCCUGAGGACUCUGUUGACAGCCUCAGCAUUUCGGGGCUGCUUUAGGCUGCUUUAGGAUGAAGCGCGGUUGGCGUAUGUCCUUGCACCCCGUCAUCAUCGUGCUGGGGUUCUAAGGUGCGGGCUCGUGCUUGAUUGCUGACGGUCCACUGUGCUAGCUGUCUAGCUGUUUGCGCGUCGCUGCAAUCGCGCCUUCAUUUCGUAAGAGGCAGGUGAGAAGCAGGUGUUAGCAUGAGAGCGUGUGGGGCUCGCGGUGAGCAAGACUGCGACAUGUUGAUCUGGCGUCUUUACGCCUGCGCUGCACAUAUUGGGUGCCAUCAGCAGGGUAUACAGCACUGAGCAUGAAUGGCAGGACGUUGGCAGGUCUGCCGUAGUCACGUGGCGCUGUCGCGCGGGACUCGGGGAGGCGGGGCUGUCCAGUGUGCAGUGCUGUCGUGUACGGCCCACCAACCCCCUCAGCCGUACAGGAGUUCGUUGUGGGAGUCGGCAGCUGCGCGAGUGUGAGCAGGUAGUUGUACGGCGGCCUGGCUCGGAAGCUACCUGACUGCAGCGACGCACACGGACAGUUGGUGCUAGUCGGCAGGCACGCGAGUGGGAGCUGGCAGUUGAGCGCGCACGCGUGUGGGAAGCUGCGGCAGAGUACGGUGGAACACUGCGGAGGCUGGCGGUUGGCACGGCGCGUGAGUGGGAGUGCAUAGUCGUAAGCGCGCCGUUAGGGAAGCUGCUUGUGUGAGCUGUGUAAACUCAGAGAGGG